AUGGCAGACUUGGAAAACAUGCUACUGGAGGCAGCCGGAAGGACCGGUUCUCCUGUUAAAAAACGGCACACGCUUCCAAAAUCAAGCUUUAAAGGCGAGGGCUCAUAUUCUGAUGGCGGAAGUGAAUCCAGAGACGAAGACUCCGAUGAUGAUGAUGCUCAUGCUUCGACCAAGAAGCCGUCAAGAUCUCAAUCCCAUGUCCCCUUAAAGAAGAGGUUAGACCCCACCAAAAGACCUCCCCAACAACACGAUCAUGACAAUGGUGAUGGUGGCGCUCUUGGUGGUGAUGAUGCAGAAUCCAGCAACGAAUCUGACGUUGGCAGUGAUCUCUAUAAGAAUGAAGACGACAAACAGAGGCUGGCCAAAAUGACUGAGCUUGAAAGAGAGAUGAUUUUGUCUGAUCGAGCGGCCAAGAAAGGAGAGAAGGAAUUCAAAGAGCAGUUGAGAUUGAAGAAGAUGGACAAUGCAAAGAGCAGCCAACCAUCAAGAAAAUCAGAAGCUCCAUCGUCUCUUCCAUCCUCUGCCAAGGUACGUUCUUCUGCUAGAUAUGCCGAGAAGACAGCCUCCAAAGGAGACGCUCUUAGUGAAUUGAGAGCCAAGCGUAUGAAGCAGCAAAGCAUCCACGUUCAUGGUAAAACGAGCAAAUCAAAAGCCUUGAGAACAAACUCAACAGGUCAGGGAGUUUCGUCGGGCAGGCGAAAACUUGGAGUAAAAGCAAGUUCAAGUAGCUCCAGUCAGAGUGAGAGCAUGAUAAGGUCUGACAGUGACAGAGAAUCAUCGGGCCCCAAUGGGCUGGCCGACAGCGACGAUGAUAGAAACAUGACAGGAUCAGAGGUCCCAACAUUUGACGACAUUCAUGAGAUCACCUUAAGGAGGUCAAAACUAGCGAAGUGGUUGAAUGAGCCGUUCUUUGAUGAGUUAAUCGUGGGUUGUUUUGUGAGAAUUGGGAUCGGAAAAUCGGACCAUGGACCUGUGUACAGGCUCUGCAUGAUCCAGAGUGUUGAUGCGAGUACCCCCGAUCGACAGUACAAGAUAGAGAAUAGAGUGACACAUAAGCGUUUGAUUUGUGUGUGGGGAAGUGAGAACUCAGCAGCCAGGUUUCAGAUAUCAGUGGUAUCAGAUUCAGCACCCUUAGAGAAAGAAUACAGACAGUGGGUGAGAGAAAUAGAGAAAACUUGCAGCCAGAUGCCCAGCAAACAGGAUGUAGCGGUAAAGAGGGAGGCUAUUAGAAAAACCAACACAUACAUAUACUCAGCGGCCACUGUGAAGCAAAUGCUAGAGGAAAAAAAGGCCAGGCCUCUGAACGUUGCGGUGGAGAAGGACCGUUUGAAGAAUCAGUUAGAAAUAGCAAGAAGUAAUCAUAAUGAGGAAGAGGUGGAUAGGAUCUACACAAGGCUGCAGGAACUAGAAGCAACUCGGCAAGCUCGAGACAAUGAUGCCAGGGCCAAAAGGCUGGCCGAGAUGAACAAGAAGAAUAAGGUUGAGAAUUUCAAAAAUUUGUCGGAGCUUAAACGAGUGACUGGAAAUUUGAAAGUAGGGGAGGAUGGUUAUGAUCCCUUUUCCAGAAGAUGGACGAGGUCGAGGAAUUACUACGCUGCAGAGCAUGGGGAAAGUAAUGAAGCUAAACAAGGUGAAAAACAAAAGGAUGAAUCCAAGAAGGGCGACAAUAGUAAGGAGGUAAGAGAAGAACAGGAAGCAGGAGGGACAACCAAGGUUGGUGUUAGAGCCACAGAAGCAGCAUUGCAAGCAGCCGCUGACGCCGGGAAGCUAAUUGACACGGUUGCUCCGGUGGAUCAUGGAACAGAAACAAACAUGCUUCAUGAUUUCGAGUUACCGAUUUCGUUGGCUGCUCUUCAGAAAUUUGGGGGACCGCAGGGCUUGAAGAAUGGAUUCUUGGCGAGGAAACAACAAGUCGAAGCCACAGUCGGGUGCCAAGUCCCUGAGAACGACGGGAAUAGACACGUUUUAACAUUAACCAUCAGUGACUACAAGAGAAGAAGAGGACUCCUGUGA